AUGUUCUUUGAGCUUUUGAGGCCUCUUCCUUUUGGCUCAGAGGGACUCAGGCUCACAGGGACUCAGGCUCAGAGAGACUCAGGCUCAGACGGACUCAGGCUCAGAGGGACUCAGGCUCAGAGAGACUCAGGCUCAGAGGGACUCAGGCUCAGACGGACUCAGGCUCAGAGGGACUCAGGCUCACAGGGACUCAGGCUCAGAGGGACUCAGGCUCACAGGGACUCAGGCUCAGAGAGACUCAGGCUCACAGGGACUCAGGCUCAGAGGGACUCAGGCUCAGAGAGACUCAGGCUCAGAGGGACUCAGGCUCAGAGGGACUCAGGCUCACAGGGACUCAGGCUCAGAGGGACUCAGGCUCACAGGACUCAGGCUCAGGGGACUCAGGCUCAGAGGGACUCAGGCUCACAGGGACUCAGGCUCAGAGGGACUCAGGCUCAGAGAGACUCAGGCUCAGAGGGACUCAGGCUCACAGGGACUCAGGCUCAGAGGGACUCAGGCUCAGAGGGACUCAGGCUCACAGGGACUCAGGCUCAGAGGGACUCAGGCUCACAGGGACUCAGGCUCACAGGGACUCAGGCUCAGAGGGACUCAGGCUCACAGGGACUCAGGCUCAGAGGGACUCAGGCUCACAGGGACUCAGGCUCAGAGGGACUCAGGCUCAGAGAGACUCAGGCUCACAGGGACUCAGGCUCAGAGGGACUCAGGCUCACAGGGACUCAGGCUCACAGGGACUCAGGCUCAGAGAGACUCAGGCUCAGAGGGACUCAGGCUCAGAGAGACUCAGGCUCACAGGGACUCAGGCUCAGAGGGACUCAGGCUCAGAGGGACUCAGGCUCACAGGGACUCAGGCCCACAGGGACUCAGGCCCACAGGGACUCAGGCUCAGAGAGACUCAGGCUCAGACGGACUCAGGCUCACAGGGACUCAGGCUCAGAGGGACUCAGGCUCAGAGGGACUCAGGCUCAGAGGGACUCAGGCUCACAGGGACUCAGGCCCACAGGGACUCAGGCUCAGAGAGACUCAGGCUCAGAGGGACUCAGGCUCACAGGGACUCAGGCUCACAGGGACUCAGGCUCAGAGAGACUCAGGCUCAGAGGGACUCAGGCUCAGAGGGACUCAGGCCCACAGGGACUCAGGCUCACAGGGACUCAGGCUCAGAGGGACUCAGGCUCAGAGAGACUCAGGCUCAGACGGACUCAGGCUCACAGGGACUCAGGCUCAGAGGGACUCAGGCUCAGAGGACUCAGGCUCAGAGGGACUCAGGCUCAAGGGACUCAGGCUCAGAGAGACUCAGGCUCAGAGGGACUCAGGCUCAGAGGGACUCAGGCUCAGAGGGACUCAGGCUCAGAGGGACUCAGGCUCAGAGGGACUCAGGCUCAGAGGGACUCAGGCUCAGAGGGACUCAGGCUCACAGGGACUCAGGCUCAGAGGGACUCAGGCUCAGAGAGACUCAGGCUCAGAGGGACUCAGGCUCAGAGAGACUCGCUCAGAGAGACUCAGGCUCAGAGGGACUCAGGCUCAGAGGGACUCAGGCUCAGGGACUCAGGCUCAGAGGACUCAGGCUCAGAGGGACUCAGGCUCAGAGGGACUCAGGCUCAGAGGGACUCAGGCUCAGAGGGACUCAGGCUCAGAGGGACUCAGGCUCAGAGGGACUCAGCUCAGAGGACUCAGGCUCAGGGGACUCAGGCUCAGAGGGACUCAGGCUCAGAGGGACUCAGGCUCAGAGGGACUCAGGCUCAGAGGGACUCAGGCUCAGAGGGACUCAGGCUCACAGGGACUCAGGCUCAGAGAGACUCAGGCUCAGACGGACUCAGGCUCACAGGGACUCAGGCUCAGAGGGACUCAGGCUCAGAGGGACUCAGGCUCAGAGGGACUCAGGCUCAGAGGGACUCAGGCUCAGAGGGACUCAGGCUCAGAGGGACUCAGGCUCAGAGGGACUCAGGCUCAGAGGGACUCAGGCUCAGAGGGACUCAGGCUCAGAGGGACUCAGGCUCAGAGAGACUCAGGCUCAGAGAGACUCAGGCUCAGAGGGACUCAGGCUCACAGGGACUCAGGCUCACAGGGACUCAGGCUCACAGGGACUCAGGCUCAGAGGGACUCAGGCUCAGAGGGACUCAGGCUCAGAGGGACUCAGGCUCAGAGAGACUCAGGCUCACAGGGACUCCGGCUCAGACGGACUCAGGCUCAGAGGGACUCAGGCUCACAGGGACUCAGGCUCAGAGGGACUCAGGCUCAGAGGGACUCAGGCUCAGAGGGACUCAGGCUCAGAGGACUCAGGCUCACAGGGACUCAGGCUCAGAGGGACUCAGGCUCAGAGGACUCAGGCUCAGAGGGACUCAGGCUCAGAGGGACUCAGGCUCACAGGGACUCAGGCUCACAGGGACUCAGGCUCAGAGGGACUCAGGCUCAGAGGGACUCAGGCUCAGAGGGACUCAGGCUCAGAGGGACUCAGGCUCAGAGGGACUCAGGCUCACAGGGACUCAGGCUCAGAGGGACUCAGGCUCAGAGGGACUCAGGCUCAGAGGGACUCAGGCUCACAGGGACUCAGGCUCAGAGGGACUCAGGCUCAGAGAGACUCAGGCUCACAGGGACUCAGGCUCACAGGGACUCAGGCUCAGAGGGACUCAGGCUCACAGGGACUCAGGCUCAGAGGGACUCAGGCUCACAGGGACUCAGGCUCAGAGGGACUCAGGCUCAGAGGGACUCAGGCUCAGAGGGACUCAGGCUCACAGGGACUCAGGCUCACAGGGACUCAGGCUCAGAGGGACUCAGGCUCAGAGGGACUCAGGCUCAGAGGGUAUUGGGUUCAAUAUCAGGUUUUGUGAUGUUUUGUGA